AUGGGCGACCAACCAGGCAACAAGCACGACGCUCGAACUUCAUCCAUGGCCCGCACUGCACCGCAGUACAUGGGCGCUCUCUUUGUCGGCCUGCUCGUUCUUCGCAUAAUCAAUGCCCUGAUGAUCAAGACAUCUUUCCAGCCAGACGAGUACUUCCAGUCGCUGGAGCCCGCCUUGGAGACAGCCUUCGGGCCUUCCGUCAACGCCUGGAUCACAUGGGAAUGGCACGAACGUCUCCGAUCAUCGCUGCACCCUCUCCUAUUUGCCUCAAUCUACAAUCUUGCGGACAGCAUUUCCACGACUCUUGGUCUCACGCCAAGUGUUCGGGCAGAAGUGCUGGUGGCUGCUCCAAAAGUCUUGCAGGCCGUGUUCGCUGCUCUGACCGAUGCGUACACUUACCGACUGGCCUGCGAUAUUUACGGCUCGAAGAGUCACGCAUCAGCGGCAGCCCUCGUAUUGUCAAUAACUAGUCCAUGGCAAUGGUUCGCUUCAGUACGUACGCUAUCGAACUCCAUGGAGACCACCUUGACGAUUAUUGCGUUACGCUUGUGGCCUUGGGACCUUCUCCUGGGUUCGAGUCCAGAAGAGAAGCAGACCGCGUCAAACUCAUCGUCAACUGGCCUCUACGGCUCGCUUUGCGCCGCUGCUAUAGCCUGCAUUCUCCGGCCAACCAACAUCAUCAUCUGGGCCACCAUCAGUAUCACCGUUGUCUUCCGAUAUGGUGGCAAGCAAGCAGCGCUAAGGCUGGCGACUGCAGCGUCCAUUUGUGGGUCAGCAGUACUUGCAGUUUCGGUCGCUGCUGAUCGAGCUUUCUACGACGAGCUUGUACUGCCUCCUCUGCGCUUUCUGCACUUCAACGUUGUACAGUCAUUGGCUGUCUUCUACGGACAGAAUCGGCUGGACUACUACAUCACCGAGGGUUUACCGCUGUUGCUUACUACAGCUUUGCCUUUCGGAGCCGUAGCGCUAUGGCAAGCCUUGUACAGCCUGCGCAAGGAUACAUCGUCGUCAAAUGCAGAGUAUCGUAUGACGGCCAUAUCGAGCACCCUUGCAUUGACAGUCAUCACGUCGGUGCUUGCUCUCGGCGGGAUCUCCCACAAAGAAGUCCGGUUCAUCUAUCCACUACUGCCAAUGCUGCAUGUACUUGCGGCGGAGCCAUUUUCAAGCUUCUUCCGGCGACCGGCUCGACCAAGUCGUAUCAUCAUCUUGACUCUGGCAGCCGCGAUUAACGUCGCCGUUAUGUAUUACACAUCCUACGUCCAUCAACGCGGCGUUGUCGAUGUGAUGCACUAUCUACGCCACCAGCAUGAGAAAAAGCUUGCCCUCUCCUCCACUCCGGGAGCUGGAGAGAUGGUGGCUACGACGGUAGCAUUUCUGAUGCCUUGCCACAGCACGCCCUGGCGCAGCCAUCUCGUCUACCCGGAGAUCGAAGCUGGGGCCCUGACGUGCGAACCACCCAUCGGACUUAGCGUCGAGGAGCGGCUAGGCUACAUGGACGAGGCGGAUGUCUUCUAUGCCAAUCCUAUAGCAUGGGUCGAAGACAACAUGGCAAACACAGCGUCGAUACGGCACGGCUCUUCUAUGGACGCUGGAACAUCAAGCGACGACGAAAAACUGGGCUGGCCACAGUAUCUGGUAUUCUUCCAGCAGCUAGAGCCCACCAUGAAGGAGGUACUUGAAGGGACGAAGUAUCGAGAGUGCUGGAGAGGUUUCAACACGCACUUCCACGAUGACUGGAGACGAAACGGAGACGUGGUGGUGUGGUGUAUGGCAGAAUCGUAG